AUAAAAUAUGUUAGAGAAAAAUAUUGAUUAUUUAUAGACAAAAUACAUAUGCAUGUGUAUAAUCGGGCGGGUUCAGGUUGGAUAGUGAGAAAACCAUGCCCACCCAUUACCCGCAAUAUUCGGGUUCAAGUUUUACCCGUACCUACUAAAAUUCCUUUGAGUUCGGGUUUUACCCUAUCCGAUUAGGUCGAAUUCGGACGGAUAUCCACAGUUAUAGAUAUUUUUGUCAUCCCUACUGGUUAGAGUGUCUUUAUGAGGCUUGACCGCUUUUUUUGGUGUGAGGUUGAAUUUGUGCGGUUGGAUCGCUGAUUGCUAUUGUAGUGAGCAGCUGCCACACAUCCACCCAAUAAGUGAGCUGCCGGAUCAGCGAAGUGGAGAAAUUUGCAUCAGACAUGACGAGAAUGUGGAAAAUCAAGACUGUUUUAACAAAGUUGAUCUUCAGCCUCCGUAGUCUUUUUCAAUAUGUGGUCUCUAACUAAGUAUUUUUUGGUUCCGGAGGAUGUAGCUAUAGAAAAAUUAGGAAUGGAAAGCUUCCCCACCUCGUUUUUCGCCCUUGGUCUUAAGAAUACUAGUUUUAAGAAUGAAGAUUGUCCUUUUCCGAUUUCAUGGUAUUCUUGUGUUUGAUUCCCAGUGACCCCCAUUUGUUAAGCACAUGGUAUUCUUGUCUUCAGACAUGUGCAAACUUCAAACCCUUGUGAGUGGCUUUCGUUUGAGGGGGCGUGUUAGUAUUGUGGUAUAUGAUCCACGAUUGAACCUUUCCCAACAACUUGAGUUAUUGGGAGCAACUGGUUCUUGACAUGGUAUCAGAGCAUCAGUAAACUCCAACGAGUUCUGUGCCCUUCCUUUUACUUCCCUUUUUUUUUUCUGCCUCUGUUCUCUGCUGCUUCACCAUGUCUACGACUUCCACAAACUCUUCUUCUUAUUCUCCCUCGUCUUCUUCCACUGCUGCUACCUCUCUCUUUUUUCCCUCCAAUCCACAACUCUCUGUAAAAUUGAAUCCGACCAAUUACCUUCUAUGGAAGGCCCAGCUUCAACCACUUCUUCGAUGUCAUCGCCUCAUCGGCCACGUUGACGGCACUCUUCUUGCACCACCAGAGACGAUUGAAAAUCAACCAAAUCCUGCCUUUCAGACCUGGUAUGAACGCGACCAUACGGCUUUGGUGUGGAUCAUUCUGUCCUUGAUAGAGGCAGUUAUGCCCAAUAUCGUCAAUAAGACCACAACCAAAGCUGCUUGGGAUACGCUGGAGCGCGUCUAUGGUUCUGGCUCGACGGUCAUUAUUGGCCAACUUCGCAAGCAGCUUAUUGGACUGAUUUGUACAGCCUUUGUACUUGGGUGUGUUGUUUGGUUAUUUUCCUUUUUCACCUAGUUAAUUGUCGAAGGUAUAUUUAGAGGCACUUGGCCUCACUCUGUAAUUAUCUCGGCUAAACCUAAUCAGCCGCAUAUAGUGAAACCUAACUGAGAGCUCCAAGCUCUCCGUGGACUAGUCCCGAUCUUCGGGGAAACCACGUAAAUCAUCGUCUUCUCUACUUUCCGCAUUCUUUACAUGGUAUCAGAGCUAUAGAUUCAUAUCAAUACGUUUUCGCAUCAUGAGCAAGGAAGACGAGGCAAAGGACGUCAAGAACGUGACCUCUGGCACGGAUACGAUCCCCAUUAGCUCGCCCUUGUAUCUGCAUCCGUCGGAGAAUCCUGCACAGCUAUUCGGUAGUGAUCUCUUGAAUGAUUCCAACUAUGGAGAAUGGGUUAGUGACAUGACUGAAACCCUAAUCGCCAAAAACAAAAUGGCGUUUGUUGAUGGUUCUCUUCCGCGGAAUCAAGCGGGGUCAGGAGAGCGCCAAUCCUCUUGGGACCGUUGUGACGCCAACGUCAAAGGUUGGCUGAAGACUGCGAUGACCAAGGAGGUCCGCAACAGUGUGCGAACUGCUACUACAGCUCGUGCCAUAUGGAUCGACCUUCAGCGCCGCUUCAGCAAACGAUCCGCACAACGUGCCUACGAGUUACGUCGGACCAUCAGCUCGACAAGACAAGAAAAGCAAACUGUCUCGUCAUUUUAUACCCAUCUGCGUUCAUUGUGGGAUGAGAUGCAAGCUGUAGAAGGAGUCGCACACUGCAGCUGUGGUGGUUGCACUUGUGGCGGGUGCAGCUGCGAUUUGGUUCAAAAGCAACGUGAGAAACAGGACAUCGCACGACUGUUCGAGUUCCUGAUGGGGUUAGAUGAUGCAUAUUCUGUCAUACGGUCCCAAAUAUUAGGCACCAAGCCCACACCAACUCUCGCCGAUGCUUAUCAAAUGGUGGCAGCAGAGGAACAACACCGCCAUAUCACUAAUGCAAGGCGCCCUCCUAUUGAAACGAGUGCUUUCCAUACACAAAUUGCUAGGGACUCAAAUGAGGAACAAGACUCUCCUCGUUGCUCCCAUUGCAACCGAAAGGGACACUUGAAAGAGACAUGCUACAAAUUGAUUGGGUUCCCACCUGGCCAUCCCAAACACAAGCCGACUGAAGAUCGAUCCGGCAAUUCUGGUCGGCGUUCCAAGGCAGCACACGUAGAGAGAGAGACGAUCCCGGUUCCUGGGUUAACUGCGGCGCAGUUUGCGCAACUUCAACAGCUGCUUUCUUCUGCAUCGGACGCUCGUUCCGAACCCACAGCACACAUGGCGGGUAAUUAUCCUGAUCUUUACGAAUGGUUGAUAGAUUCAGGUUGUAAUGAACAUAUAGUGCGAGAUUCCAGAUGGUUAACUUUAGUUGAUGACAACAUUGUUCAUUCACAAGUUCGUAUUCCGGAUGGGACGGGUAUUCCAGUUAAGAACAUGGGCACAGUCAAACUCUCUGAUUCUCUUACUUUGCAGCGAGUUUUGCAUGUCCCAGAGUUCAAAUGCAAUCUCUUGUCUGUUAGUCGUUUGACUCAGGAGCACAACGUGGAAGUAAUUUUCUUGAAUGAUGUGUGUAUGAUUCAGGACUCACAUUCCAAGACUCUGAUUGGCGUGGGUAAACUGCGAGACGGCUUAUAUUAUUUGCAGCGUUUUGGUGAGGAGUUGGGUACAGCUCGUGAUCCCCUGCCACAGGCUUGCAGAGUUGAUCGUCAAGCAGCUUCUAGAGAACUGUGGCAUGUUCGGCUUGGCCACCCAUCUUUGGACAAGUUAUUUUUAUUAAAGGACCUUGUUGGUUGUAGCUUUGAUUCCCGCAGCUCCUUUCAUUGUGAUCCUUGUGUCCGUGCUAAGCAAGCACGAAACUCGUUUCUUUUAAGCUCAAUCAAGACUAGUACUUUCUUUGAUCUUAUACACCUUGAUAUAUGGGGGCCUUAUAAAACACCAGCCACGGAUGGGUCACACUAUUUCUUGACCAUUGUCGAUGACUACAGUCGGGGGACUUGGGUUUACUUAAUGAAAUUCAAAUCCGACACUGAGCGCUAUUUGCGGUCGUUCUUUGCAUUGGUGCGUACUCAGUAUGGAAAGAAGGUUCGACGUCUCCAGGCGGACAAUGGUCCGGAAUUUCAGACUGCAUCUCUCCGUAAUUACUAUGAAGAGCAGGGAAUUGUUCUUCAAACGACUUGUACGGAUACGCCGCAGCAAAAUGGCGUGGUGGAACGAAAGCAUCGGCAUUUACUAGACACAGCUAGGUCGCUCAUGUUCCAUGCUAAUCUUUCGGUGCGUUUUUGGGGCGAGUGUGUUCUUACGGCGGCCUAUCUCAUCAAUCGCCUUCCUUUGGUGCCUUUGUCUCAAAAGACACCAUUCGAAAUCUUGUUGGGACGGGUUCCUGCCUAUACACACAUACGGAGUUUUGGUUGUCUCGUGUAUGCUAAAGACACACAUUAUACCUUGGACAAAUUUGCUGAACGAGGGCGAGCGGGGGUUUUCAUUGGUUAUCCAGGCACCCAGAAGGGUUAUCGUGUUUACGAUUUGCACACACGGAAGAUUUAUACAUCCCGUGAUGUACAUUUUGUGGAGAAUACGUUCCCUUUCCGGUCGUCCACUAGUGGCUCACAAAAAGACCCUACUCACGUGCAUGGUCCUUCUCCCAUGCAAGCUUUGUUUGACUUGCCUCCUGCAGGUCACGUUGAGGCACUUAAUGAUGUGCCAAAUUCUGAUAAUGAUCCCAUGGAUGAAGUGGGGUGGAAAGAACUCCCCAUCACAUCCCCUUUGCCAUCUACCUCGAGCACUUCUAUGCAACAGGGGGAGCUCCUUGACGAUGUAGACGUGUCCACCUCUCCUUCCCCUCCGCAUGUCUCUACCCAGCAAGAAGGUCUUGAUCAAGUCAAUGUUCUUCCCGACUCACAUACUGGCGGUGACUCGCCCUCACACCAAGCCGAUCCUCCCGAUGCUCUUCGUCGCAGCCAUCGAGACAAACGGCCUCCUUCCAAGCUCGAUGUGUACGAGGUAACUUAUCCUAAGUCCUCCCAUCAUGUUCAGUUUCCUAUAUCCAAUCAUGUUAGUUACCACCGCUUCUCUUCUGACCACUGUGCUUUUUUGGCUUCCAUCACCAAAUUGGACGAGCCCCGACAUUUCUCCGAGGCUGUUCAGUAUGAGUAUUGGCGGGUCGCUAUGCAGAAGGAGAUUGAUGCUCUUGUAGCUAACGGAACAUGGACUCUGGAGCCAUUGCCUCCCGGGAAACGGCUCAUAGAUUCCAAAUGGGUCUAUAAGAUCAAAUAUCAGCCAGACGGUUCCAUCGAGCGCUUCAAAGCUCGAUUGGUUGCCAAGGGGUUUACACAGCUAGAGGGGAUCGACUUCCACGACACUUUUGCUCCUGUUGCCAAGCUUGUCACAGUUCGUGUUCUCCUCGCCGUGGCGGCUCAGCGCAACUGGUCCCUCCACCAACUGGAUGUGAAUAACGCCUUUCUCCAUGGCGAUCUUGAUGAGGAGGUGUAUAUGCGAGUUCCUCAAGGGUUCGCUCGGGAUGGCGACACCAGGGUGUGUCGGCUUCGGAAGUCCUUGUACGGUCUCCGGCAGGCUUCGCGGAACUGGUAUGCUAAAUUUGCUUCCGCUCUUGUGGACUUUGGGUUUACUAUGUCCCGGGCUGAUAACUCUCUCUUCAUAUAUCACACCCCGGAAGCAUUUGUUGCCGUCCUUAUCUAUGUUGAUGAUGUGGUCUUGACUGGUGAUGCUCCGGAGGUCAUUCAGCGUGUUAAGACCUUCCUCCAUCAGCGAUUCAGCAUCAAAGACUUGGGCGUGCUGAAAUAUUUUUUGGGUAUCGAAGUUGCUCGCUCCCCUGAUGGCAUUGUUCUUAGUCAGCGAAAGUACACUCUGGACAUUCUGAAGGACUCCGGUUUAGGCGCAGCUCGGCCCAGCAGUUUCCCUAUGGAGCAGAACCACACUCUCACACGCCCCACCGAUGAUCGUGCCGACGAUGUUAGCUCCUAUCGGCGCCUCGUGGGUCGUCUCCUGUACCUUACCAUUACACGUCCGGACAUUGCUUACUCUGUCAACGUGUUGAGCCAGUUUGUUCAUUCUCCUAGUCCUGAUCACAUUGCAGCCGCUCAUCGUGUCUUGCGUUACCUUAAGACUGCACCGGGGCAAGGUUUGUUCUUGCCUUCCGCAGGGUCUUUGGAGCUUAUCGCGUACUGCGACUCUGAUUGGGCUGGUUGCCAGUCGACCCGUCGAUCUACUACCGGCUACUUUGUUCAGUUGGGAGGUGCGCCAAUUUCCUGGCGGGCCAAGAAGCAGAGAGUCGUGUCCCGUUCCUCUGCGGAGGCUGAGUAUCGAGCCAUGGCCAGUGCUACUAGUGAGGUUCUAUGGCUACGCUUCUUGCUUCGUGAGUUGCAGGUUGUGCAGCGAGCUCCCACUCCUCUCUAUUGUGAUAAUCAAGCAGCGCUUCACAUCUCGGCUAAUCCGGUUUUCCAUGAGCGCACUAAGCACGUUGAAAUGGAUUGCUACUUCGUCCGGGAGCGCGUUAGUUCUGGUGAGAUACUUCCUCAGAAGGUUAAAACCACUCAACAGCUUGCUGACAUUUUCACCAAGGCUCUCGGUACAGAUCAAUUCCACCAGCUCUUAUCCAAGCUUGGCAUUCGGGAUCUUCAUGCUCCAGCUUGAGGGGGAGUAUUGGACUGAUUUGUACAGCCUUUGUACUUGGGUGUGUUGUUUGGUUAUUUUCCUUUUUCACCUAGUUAAUUGUCGAAGGUAUAUUUAGAGGCACUUGGCCUCACUCUGUAAUUAUCUCGGCUAAACCUAAUCAGCCGCAUAUAGUGAAACCUAACUGAGAGCUCCAAGCUCUCCGUGGACUAGUCCCGAUCUUCGGGGAAACCACGUAAAUCAUCGUCUUCUCUACUUUCCGCAUUCUUUACACAGCUCACUCGCAUCCAACGCGGGACAGAUUCCGCACACGUCUAUCUCCAGCGUGCCAAGACUCUCUUCGACAAAAUGGUGGCUCUGAGUGCUACCAUUACUGAGACAGAGCUGGUCACCGCCGUGAUGGACGGCUUGGACGAAGAGUAUUGUCCAUUUACCUAGGGCUGCUAAACGGUACGGUAACCGGUUUACCGGUUUUGGUAAUACCGGAAAUAUAAAGCCAGGCCGGAAUCCGUUACCGAUCUCAUCUCGGUAUACCGAUUACCGUUAACACACGGUAUCGGUAAGGGAUCGGAAUCCCGAAAUUACCGACGGUAAAAAGUCCGCCUCCCCCCCCCCUCCCCCCCGGUCCGGCUGUCUCCUGUCGGCUGUACGGUCGGCUGUCGCUGUGGGCCUGUGGCAAUUCCAAUUCCAAUAUGGCAAUAUCAUCAUUCGGCUGUCAGCUGUCUCCAACUCUCCAUGACCAACGCCACAUGGCAAUUCCAAAUUCCAAUAUCAUCAUUCAUCACCAUUCACCAACGCCACUUGCCAUUUGUCUUGUAAAAAAAAAAGCCAUUGCCAUUUCCAAUUUCAUGAGCAUUCACCAACAGGCAACGAGAUAUUCCAACUCCCGUCCACAAUGUCAAAUUGUCAAUGGACAAUAGUAAAUUAAAUUGAAAAUAAAUAAUAAAUUUAACAAGUAAAU